AUUCUGGGUAAUUGAAUCGCCAUCAUUUAGGAAAGGGUGUUGUUUUGAGACAGAAAAAUCGAUUUUUGACUUCAGUAUGAAAAGACUGAAGGCUGAUCGGGAAACGUAAUCAAUUGCAUUUAUUGUAAAACAUUUAAUCAUUUCAAUUUGUUUAGUGAUUCAGUAUCAACGUGCAAUAUUCCACGGAAAAUGGCAAGUGUUCAAACAGUUCCUAAGCAGAAAGUGUUAAAAGUGAAGGCAGUUUACCAGAAAAGGAAACUAUUCCGUGCCAAUGAGCCUUUGCUUAGUGUGUUUAUGUGGGGUAUCAACCACACGGUGAGUGAGCUGAAUCAUGUGACAAUACCAGUAAUGUUGAUGCCAGAUGACUUUAAAGCAUAUACAAAAGUCAGGGUAGAUAAUCAUCUUUUUAACAAAGAAAACAUGCCAAGUCAUUUUAAGGUGAAGGAGUACUGCCCUAUUGUGUUCAGAAAUUUACGUGAGAGAUUUGGCAUUGAUGAUCAAGAUUAUAUGAAUUCAUUAACAAAGCAGCCAGUGGGCACAGACUCGCCGGGGCGGAGUGGGGCUCGGAUGCUUAUGUCUCAUGAUAAACGUUACUUCAUUAAAACUCUAGUCCAAGAAGAGGUGGAACAGAUGCACCACUUACUCAAACAAUAUCAUCAGCAUAUCGUUGAAUGCCAUGCACAGACAUUGUUACCGCACUACCUGGGUAUGUACCGGAUCACGGUGAAUGACGUAGAAACGUACCUGGUCAUCAUGAGAAAUGUGUUCAGUCCUCGUUUGCCUCUACAUAAAAAAUACGAUUUAAAGGGUUCAACAGUGGACAGAUGUGCAAGUGAUAAAGAAAAAGCUAAAGAACUGCCCACCUAUAAAGACAAUGAUUUUCUCACAGACGGUGGUAAGGUAAAUAUAGGACCAGAUGCAAAGGAGAUCUUGAUGGCAAGUCUAACUAAAGAUGUGGAGUUUCUGGCAAAUCUCCACCUUAUGGACUAUAGUUUAAUUGUUGGUAUACAUGAUUGUGACCGCAUAGACCCAGAUGGACCAGAAAUGAACGCACCAAACACCGAUUCCGACGAGCCCGUCAGUGGGGACGAGGAGAAUGGACUAGAAUAUGAAGAGAACCACGAAAUUGCCGGGUUUGCGCCUACACCACCGGACAGUCCACAGCCAAAUGUCUUGCCUGCUUAUAAUGGGGAUAUUGAUCCUAAUAUAGAAAGAUUUGGAAUUAAAAGUGUUGAAGGAGGACCAAAGAAAGAGGUUUAUUUUCUCGCACUGAUUGACAUUUUAACGCGCUACGGCAUGAAAAAACGAACCGCUCAAGCUGCAAAGACUAUGAAACAUGGAGCAGGGGCGGAAAUAUCCACCGUUCAUCCUGAUCAAUACAUGAAACGAUUUCUUGAAUUUAUCGACAAGUGUAUCGAGUGAAUAAAACAAACGUGCUUGAAUGUGAUAAAACAGAAAUUUCUUGACAGUAUAUGUGCUAAAUCUAUAGUAUUUUAUCAUUAUUUAUGACUGAGGGCUUGUGCAAACCACUAUAUUAUCCCAUGCAUACAGGACGUAUGAUGAAUGUGUAUGAAUUUAGCUAUCACCAUCAUAAUUUAUGUCAUGUUUGUAGAAAAUCACGCACUAUGUAUGUAAAGUCUACGCUGAUGUUUUUUUUUUAGUUUUUGAACAAAAGCUUUUCAUUAUAACGAUCAAGUUCCAUGUUUAAGUUAUUGUUUGAUCUGUACAUGUGACAGCUCAUUAUUCAUAUUUAAUAUCCAUACUUGAUGCAUCCAGUGAUCAAAGUUUAUAUUGCCUUUUAAUCAGUGAUGAAGAAUGAUGGGGUAUUUAGGAGAUGCGACUUUUCAGGGUAGAUCAGAGAUUGUUACAAACAAGUGAUUUGCAUAAUAUAUUCUUUUUAAAAUUGUGAACUAUUUUUACCAAAAUUGAUCUAUGCUAUGAACUUCAAUAAAAGCAGCUCAAGUAAAAUAUUGAUACCAGAUUUUUAAUAAAGGGAAGCAACUCUUAUUGUUACUUUAAAUAUCAUACAUACAGAGUUGUGUUUCUUGGAAAUAAAAUUUGUAAUGCUUGUGUUGCGACCCAAUUUAAUAAGGUUAAUAGAAGGGGAUGUUUAGCAACAGAAUUUUCUCUUUCUAGUCUUAUUUUAUUUUCUAUAUAUAUUGCCAACUUGAUGCCUUUUUAUAAAAGAUUGGUACAAACUCGUAAAUACAAAAAAGUUUAAAGCAGUGGAAAAUGCAGAUUAUUAUGUACAGCUUUUACAGUUAAUAAACACUGAUGUAAUACUGAAUUUCCUCAUUUUGAAGUUAAGUCAAACCUGUGCAAUAUGGUGAUCACAACAUUGAAUCGGCUGGUUAGAAACCUGUUCAUUUUAGGUUGUCUAUUGUCUUUUUUUUUGACUUAGCAAAGACCACUUAUUUGUCUUAUUCUAUGUUACCUUUUUACCUUGGUAUAUUUCAGAACUUUUGAUUGGCAAAGAUCACUUUUCUGUAUAUCUGGGUUGACACAAAACUGCAGUAACUUAUAUGAAAUAAAGAAAGACUUGAGUCAAUUCUCUAUACCAAAAAUCUGACAGUCAUUGGUUUGACUGUACUAUACUCUACCAGUGCAUUAAACUUGCAUUGUUAACUUCUGUCUCAGAUUUAGAUAAGUGCUUUAGAAAAUGUUAAUGAUUGCAAUUAUUGAUAUGUACAAGUUAAAAUAUAAAAUAAUAUGCAAAACUGAUUAUGAAUUACAUGUAAUUUGGUAAGUAGUCAGAAAGUAAGCUUACUGUAUAAAAGCCUGUGUCAAAAUAAUAAUUUAGCUUCUGUUAGGAGAAGUAUGAUUUAUUUUUUCUAGGAUUUGACCUUAAAAGUAAGUUAAGUAAAUGGGGAAUACAACUUAAAGGGGAAGAACUUUGUAUAUGAUAUGUUUUUGUUAUAUGAUGUUGUAAAUUUCAUUUUGAGACAACAAAGUUGUAAUUGAUUUAUCUUUAUUUAUUGUAUAUAAUGUACAUGAAUAGACAACCUUUUUGAGGUAAUGAUUUGUGUUUUAAUUUCAUUAUAAAUUUUGUGAUUUAUUUAAAAUGUAAAUGAUAUCUUUAAUAAUUAUGAUGACGUAAUUUAUAGAAAUUCUUCCAGAUAAUUAUAAUUAUUGAAAUAUUGGAUUUGUUUGAAAUAAAAAUAGGCAGCAAGAUUAAAAAACAGUUUUUGUUUAAAAAAGAAAAUAUUUGUUUUACAUCAAACAUUUCUUUUCAAUUAUAAAGAGUUGACAAAUAUUUAUUUUUUUUCAAUCUCAUAUGUAUAAUGUUUUUAUCAUCCUAAGCCUGCUGAAGUUUUGUUAUGGAAUUUCCCUGCUUUGAAAUAAGAACAGGCCAUUCAAAAUUUAAGGGGUUUCAAAAAAUAAUAAUAAUAAUAAUGAGCUUCUAACAGUCUAGAGCCAGGUCAGAUUGCUCAGAAGUUCAGGCUGGCCUAUCUCUAAACUUGAUGGUAAAGGUCAGUCAUUUUUGGUCCCAGCAGGGUCAUGGUCAAGAACUUAUAUACACACAAUAAUUCUGUUUGUUUUUAUUUAUUUCCUGCACAAGUUUUGUUGAUUAUUUAAUGUCAUACAUUUUAUCCACCUAUAAGUUUCAAAAACAGUCACCACAAACCUUAACUAUUAAAAAAACAAAAAAAAAAGACGUUCCACCGUUUACUCUUCCAAAGUCAUAAUAAUAUAAGCUUAACCUUGUUAAAUGAAGCUUGACCCACCAAAAUUAAAAAAAUAUGAUCCUGACCUUUCAGCGAUUACUUAUCUUGAUCCUUAUUUAUGUAUAAAUAUAUCGGACUGGUACAUUUCCCUGUGUAUAAAUUAACUUUUAUAACUUUAAAGGCCAAUUACAGACUGCUUAUAGAUUGUGUUUUUAAAUAUGAAUGUGAUCAGAAUUAUUAACUUGGCAAUUUUUACUGUAAAGUGGCACGUUUUACCAUCUCAAAAGAAAAUCUACUAGUGCUUUGCUAAUUGAAAUCAUUGUUAUUAUGUGAACUUGUUGAAUGGUGAAGUUUGAUGAAAUUGACAUUUGUAAAAUAAUGCUAUUAUGGGCCGUUAAACAAUUGAUAAAAAUGGAAACUGAUCUGAAAACUUUACGAUAAGAGAUUUAAUAUUAACGUCAUGAUGAUAAAAUUUACGGGCAUUGAUAUAAAAGUAUGAAAUUGUUAUGUUUGAUAUCUGUGUGAAUUAUUGUAUCCUUUUCUUGCUGAAUUAUUAAGAUAAGGACAUACCUUGUUUCAUUUUAAGAAAUGCCAGUUAUCAAUUUUAGGAUAUCCAGUUAGUAAGACAGCUGUAUAGACCCUAGUCAGACUGUGAUGAUGUGUAGACUGUCUGGGCUUCAUACUGGUGGCAAAUGCUGACCACUUUAUGUUAUGUUUAGAGCUAACUUUAAUAUCAAUAUUAUAGUAUAAAUUGUUAUCUCUGAUAUCAAUGGUAUAAAUUAUGGACUUUGAUAUAUGAAUUGUAUAAUUUGAUAUCACUGCUUUAAAUGAUACACUUUGAUAUAAAUUGAUUGAAUGUUUACAUUUUGCUUUCAUGUUGACAUUUGAAUGUGCUUAUACAUGAGCGGGGCAUUUUACUUUAUAAAAAUACAUGUUUAUUGUAAUAUUGAUGCUGUGAAGGUCAAGGUCACAUUGUGAGGUCAAAAGGUCAAACAUUGGAAAGAAAAUGUGGGCUCUAUUGUGUAUAAUUAACACUUUUAAGGCAUGUCUAAAAGUGCUACACUCAUUAGUCAGUUACAUUAUAUUUUCAUCAGAAACAUUCUUGUUUGAUAUUUUGAUUGGUAUGGUAAUGUUGAGAAGACUUUUCUUUUAAAUAACAGUGUGAAUUAUAGUGUGACCUGAAAUGGUUUGAAAAUUAGAAAACAAAAUAGCAGAGUACUAAAGUGAAAGGUGUUUACACAUGUGCUUAAAACAAUAUUUUCCAUCUAAAUGUUGUUGUUGUUUUUUUGUUUGUUAUGAUAUUUUUGAAUAUAAUUUUGUAGUUUAUCUCAAUUGUUUUAUGCAAAUAGAUGAAAAUCAAGAUAAACUAGAAAAAUUAUGACUGGAAUGCAAUUAGUUGUUUUGAAUUUGCAUCUGCACCAGCCAUUUCUCAGUGAAUAUUUUCAGGUAGCUUUAUUCAGAAAUCUGAUUAACUAUUAUUGGCUUUCCACUCAACUUCUAAUAGUACAAAUCAUGCCGGUGACAUUUGAUACUUUCAUGUGUGAGGAAGAUAUCCCGCUAGCUUACAGAAUGUUUGUGGUUCUACUGAGGUGCCAGUUUGUACAAAGUAGUACCUGAAGUCUUCCUCCACCGGUAAAGCUGGAAACCCCUGUAACAAUGUUAGGAUUACUUCUAAACCACAACAACCCAAUAUUGCUAAAAUUGGCUUCAUUUCAUUAUAUUGUCCUGAUCAGGUCCAUGUAUAAAUGUGCAUCAUGUAGAUAGAGUAUAAAAUUCAUGAUAAUUGUGUUUUAAAUGAAAUUUUGCAAUUUGAAUCAAUUCUCUUUUUGUACAUUAAUUUUUUUUCAUAUUUCAUAUUUGUAACGACUUCAAUUGAAUUUUUUUUAUCAGUUUCUCAAACUUUAAUCAUAAUGCACAUUAUAAUUGUUUCUGCAUUGACAUAAUUUCUAAUGUUUGGAAACUUAAACUGAGACUUUAAUGGAUGCUUCCCAGGUGUAGAAAAGUAGUUACUACCACAAGGGUGUGCAGUCCGCACAUUUUGUGCAGUCUAAUAACAUACUAAACUGUUGGCUUCUGAAUUUUGAGCAUUUUGAUACCAAAAUGUCCCACAUUUGUGCACUUUCAAAUUAUCAAAUAAAAGCUUGACAAAUCCAUUGUGUAAAUUUAACAUGGGAAUGGUUGAAGACUUUUGAUUUUUCACAGUUACUGGAAAAUUAUAUAUGCAAUCAGUUUAAUAAAAUAAAUCAUAUUUCUUUAUCAUGUUGG